CGGGGGCGGGGAUCCUGGGGGCGGGGCCGCGCGCCUGUGUUUGUUGCAUCGUGUCAGUUACAUUGUAACAAAAGUGGUGCAGUAGCUCCUCCAGCCAGCACCCUAGGCCCCCCUGUGGCCAGCUGUCGCCGACAUGGAACCCGUGGCCAGCAACAUCCAGGUCUUGCUGCAGGCGGCCGAGUUCCUGGAGCGCCGAGAGAGAGAGGCCGAGCAUGGCUAUGCGUCCCUGUGCCCGCACCGGAGUCCGGGCCCCGUCCACAGGAGGAGGAAGAGAUCCCCCCAGGCUCCUGCCGCGCUGGACAGUGGGCGGUCUGUGCACAAUGAGCUGGAGAAGCGCAGGAGAGCCCAGCUGAAGCGAUGCCUGGAGCAGCUGAAACAGCAAAUGCCCCUGGGGGCUGACUGUGCCCGACACACCACACUGAGCCUUCUGCGCUGGGCCAGGGUGCACAUCCAGAAGCUGGAAGAGCAGGAACAGCAGGCCCGGAGACUCAAGGAGAAGCUGCGCAGCAAGCAGCAGAGCCUACAGCAGCAGCUGGAGCAGCUGCAGGGGCUGCCAGGGGCAGGUGAGCGGGAGCGGCCGCGGUCGGACAGCCUGGACUCUUCAGGUCUCUCCUCGGAGCGCUCCGACUCAGACCAAGAGGAGGUGGACGUGGAGAGCCUGGUGUUCGGGGGCGAGGCUGAGCUGCUGCGGGGCUUCAGCACAGGCCAGGAGCACAGUUACUCACACAGCGGCACCUGGCUAUGACCCUCACUGCCCUGCAGCAGGCCUCUGGCCUAGACCACCUCUGCUCUGCCAGGCAGGCGCCUUCCCCAAGCCUCAGGGGUUACUGGGAGUCACCUCCUCCUGGAAUGAACUGAGAAGCUCCUUGUCUGGGAACAGGUGCUCUCCCCACCCCACUGCCUGCUGUUCAGUUUCUCCUAGGGGAGGGGCACCUGGGCCUCCCGAGCCCUGGGGGGCAUGCAGCCUGGGCCUGGGCCACCUGGCCCUUCCAGGCCUUUCUUGUAGCACUUGGCUCAGCUGUCCCAUGGGGACAGGAAGCCUCUUGGGCCCUCACAUUCUUUCCCAGACAAGGUCCCAUGGUCUUUGUCCACAGAUACUGUACAGUAUUUUCAUUAAAAGCUUUUUU